CAAGGAGCAGGGCUACAGCAGUGUUAAUGUAUUCAUAACUAACAUGGCUCUGAGGUUUGGUGGCAGCAAUCCAAGAACCUUCAAGUUGUUCCUACACAUUUUGCUCAUCAUUAUAUUCAUCAUUUCCUUUAAAGUCCUGUAUAUUGACAAAUAUUCUGAGCUAGAGGAAAAACAAGCACUUCUGCAUAAGGAAAUAAUGUGCUUAGCAGUUGAUAGAUCCAAUCUAAAACAGAGGACAGCAAUAUUACAAGAACAGCUAGAAAACCAGACCAAAGAAUUGGAUAAACUCCAAAAUAUUCAUCAUUUUCAAGCAGAACAACAAAUGGUGAAUUUCUUAUCCGAAAAGAAUUCCCUACAAGAUGCUGUUUUAUCAAAGGAAAACGCAAUCAAAGAUCUAAAAGAGCAAUAUGAGAUUUUGCUACAGCAAGCAGAGAAGAAGCAGUUUAGACUACUAGAACAAUUACACACGCAAUCGACCGAAUGUAUAAAUAUUAUUAGUAUGAUGAGAGACUACUGCAAUGAAACAAGAGGAAACAAAUCACAAAUAGUAGACAAAUCCAAUGAAGAGGAAACAGGGAUUACUGGGAUUACAGAGGGAUUUCCCUUUUUACCUGUAGCAAACCAAACUCAAAAUAAACUGUAUAGAUCAAAUCUAACAUACCCAAAAACCAACAAUAGAAGCAUCAGUCUAAAUGCAGCCCAGCAUAAAUGGGUGGACAAUGUAACUGACUCAGGUGGCAAUAAGUAUGCAUCCAAAAUAGCCCAUAGAGUGGAAAACAAACAUAGUACUUUCAAAAAAGAAUUUAGUUCAUUUGUAAGAGACAAUGAAAACACUAUGCAAUUAGGGAACACUAUUAAAGAGUUAAGAGAAGAAAGUGCAAAGAAACAAAACCUCACAGAUGCUCUUAACCAGGAGAAAACAGGUGAACAAAGUGAGAAGGACAUUUUAAAAGAAGAAAUCAAAAAGGUUGAAGAUAACAUUCAUAUGGAUAAUGAAUGGAAACAGAAAGGAUAUAGAGUCAAAGACCUUACACAAAUUACAGAAGAGGAGAAAACAAACAAAACACAAAAGACUCAUGAUUUAGACAAUAAUGUAUUUGUUGGUGAACAAGAAGAAAACAAAGUCCCAGAAAGGUUACUUUGGUCAGAAGAUGAUAAAACACAAAAGACUGAAAGCCAUGAUUUCUUAAACACAGACAAUAACAAUAGGCGGACUAAUAUAUUAGAAGAUCAAACCUUAGAAGACACAGUAACAGAAAGGAAAAAAAUGACAGAAAAAAAGAAAACAAUGAAAAAAGAAAACAAGGAGAUUCCUGAAGAUAAAAAUAACAAUGAGUGGGUUGAAAACAAGCAUGUAAAUGCAACAUAUAAUCAAAAAGAACCAGAAAUAGGAAACUCAAAACAAAAUCUAACAAGAAGGAUCAGCAGACAGAACGUUACUAAGAAAGUGAAAAAUUAUAAAAAUGAAGUUAGCCCAAGUUUUCCCACACAAGUGGAUAGACAAUCCUGCAUUGCCCAGCAAGUUUUUGUAUGA